CAGUGCACUGCCAGCUUGUUUGCAUGCCUCAAGUGCUUAUACGUAGGGCACGCCUUAUCUCGCCUGACUGCAGCUAUACGACUGGACUGAUGGCUGGUUCAUAAAUCUACAUCCUUCACUUUACGACCCAAUCAAGAAGAUGGAAAUCGCACCACCCGCUAGUUCCGAAUGCCGUCAGUUGUUUUAUACGCCACCGUAGCAUUGCAUGUCACUGAGUGUCGACAUGAAACUUCUCACGUUGACCUCACGAAGAGCUGCUACAGCUGUUGCCAUUGCCAAUGAAUCGUUCUUUCCGAAUUUUCACUUGCCACAAUGGAGCAAGUGGCUUGGCCGACUCAAGGGCAAGAGUACUUUCGACGGAAGCUUCCACCAGGCAGUGGCUCCCGUUUUAUUCGUAGGGCAAUGCUUUACACUGAUGCCGGUGGUGGAAAUCUUCAGUCGUAACCCACGAAACACGAGAUUCAAGCUGUUGAGUGUGCGGUUUGCGUAUACGGCGAUUUACUUGAUAGCAGCGGGAUUCUACAGCAUAUUGGCUUGCCGACGAUUCAUCUUGAGGGGUCUGAAUGUUAGCUCCUUUGCCGAUAUGUUCUACCUGAUGUUCAACUAUAUUAUAACUGUGCUAUUUCUGCUGAUUGCCAUCCAUUGGCAGAAGGUGUUGAAAGAAUUCGCCAACUGCGAACGGUUAAUGCUCAAAGACGCUUACACAAAGCUGACGGAGAGAGUGACGCGCUUCAAUCUUGCUUGGAGAAUCAGAAUGGUCAUUGCGGGCAUAAUGGUUCUGGCAUUUUUUGAGGAUUUCUUGAAUUUCUAUUCCGCCUAUCAGGAUAACUAUGUACAAAUGGACUAUUGCAAUCGAACUGAGAUUAGCUUCUGGGAGAACUUCUACAUUCGGGAUCAUCCUCAGGUGUUCCAAUACGUCCCGGUCAAUAUUGGAUCCAUCCUGUUUGUGGAGUGGAUAAAUCGUUGCCUAAGAUACACGUGGACGUAUUUGGACCUGUUCAUAAUCUCGUUUAGCUAUGCUGCCCAAUUCAGGUACACUCAAAUCUACCAACGGUUGGUAAGUGUCGAAGGUACGCACUAUCCGACUACGUUCUGGCGGGAGAUUCGGACGGAUUACGUAGCCGUAUCUCAGCUGGUGGCAUUUCUGGAUGAGCAAUUUGGCCACCUCAUAUUGCUAUCGUGUGCCAACGACAUGUACUUCAUCGCAACGCAGCUCUUCAACGGAUUCCAACGAAGGCCUGCAUUCAUGACGAUGGUGUACUUUUGGUAUUCGCUCGCACUGCUGAUAUUCCGCACACUUUGUAUGCUUUAUAUUGGAUCGGGAGUGCAUGUGGCUUCCAUGAGUCCGUUGAAUAUUCUGAGAAAUGUGCCGUCCAAGUACUGGGGACUUGAUUUACAGCGGCUAACGGAUGAUGUAGCAUCUGGAGAGAACACCUUAUCCGGCAAAAAGUUCUUCUACCUCAAGAGGCAGAUUAUACUAGCGAUGGCCGGAACGCUCGUGACCUACGAAUUGGUUCUUAUGGAUCAGGUCAAGCAAGCACCUGAUCCAACCACAGACUGUUCGUUUUACUAAUUACCCUCUAACCGUUGUCACCUGUCACGAUUCUCACCGUUAAUUAUAACCAGCGCGCGAAGUAAACAAAUUCAAACAAAUUACACUUUGUCAGCGAGGUCACCGGUUUUA